AUGAAGCCAGAGGAGGAGAUUUAUGUUAACUUGGAGGAGCUGAAUCUGUCCAAACUCAAAUAUGAAGAGAAUGGAGACAAAGCAGGAAAAACAGAUUUUUCGCCUGUGAAAGAAACCAGAACCUUGUGUUUUAAAGCGGCACUUUUUCUGGGACUGCUUAGUUUCCUCCUGCUGGCCGUGGUGGUAACUGUCAGUGUCCUGUAUCAAAGAGACUUUAAUCAGUUGAGUGGAGAAUUGGCCAAUCAGACGGCAGAGAGAAACUACCUCCAGAUGAUGAACCAGAACCUAACCUAUGAGAGGGAUCAGUUAGAAGUCAGUUUAAAGGUGGCAGAGCUGAAUCUGGAACAAAUGAAGAAGGAAUCUGUAACAUGCCCUGUUGGAUGGAGGAAGUUUGGCUGCAGGUGUUACCUUUUGUCUUCAUGGAAGAACACUUGGGAACAAAGCAAGUAUCAGUGUUCAAGAAACGGAGCAGAUCUGGUGAUCAUCAAAAGCACGGAGGAAAUGAUGUUUCUGAAAGAGCUUGGAGAUCAGCUGAAGUUUUGGAUCGGCCUGCAGUAUACAACCCCAGAAAAAGGAUGGAAAUGGGUGGAUGGAAGUUCUCUAACAAACUCGUACUGGGAGAAUUCAUGGAGCCAUUUCAGGACUCAGGGAUGUGCAGCUUUAAACAGUUUCCGUCUAUGGUCCAGAUCGUGGAGCAAGGAGACUUGUUCGAUGAUGCUGCAUUGGGUUUGUGAGAAACAGGCUUCUCCUUCUGGACUCCUGCAAUAGAGCAUUAAUCUAUCUUCUCAAACUUUUGUUUUGGAAACAUUAUUUAAGGCAUGGUGCAAAUGAAAUGAAAUUAUAUACUGAGUUUUGGAUUAAUA